AUGGAUACUGAGGAUGGAUAUGAGGACGAGGCCGAGGCCGCCUCUUCAUCAUCCUUGCAGGCCACCUUUCAAAGAGCUUGUGAUAUCUGCCGCGCCCGAAAGAUUCGCUGCAAUAGAGAACGCCCAUGCUCACAUUGCGUGAGUAACAACGUCGAAUGCACACAAACUGAUACCAUCAGACCGCGGAUCAAACAUAAACGAAUUUUAUUGACUUCACAAUAUGAGCAGAAGAUUGACCAGAUUGACUCUCGUCUUAACGAAGCUAUUGGUCUGCUCAAAGGCCUCCACGACACACUGAACACUGGCUCCGGUGCGCCAUAUACCACGCCAAAACCUACUAGCAUGUUCCGUUCAACAGAGCUCAACUCUAGUUCUAUAACGGUCGUGGAAGGAGAGUCUUCGCUUGCUGCCCAAUUUUCAUUUGCGGAUGACUUUAUACGGAAGGUCGCGAAGACUGAACCCCUUCAAACUUCUGGCUUGGAAAUGGGGGAGAGCCUUGAGAACCUUUCUCAGAUAGUGGCUGCUUACAAGCAACAACCUGUCUCAGAAGAAACGACCUACCCCAACGCUCGACCUACUGAACGCCCAGGACUCCAUACGUGGGAGUUGCCUCCGAUACAAGAAAGUGUUGCGGUAAUUCAUGUUGCCAAAUCCCAACGCCUCGCCGGAACAGGUUGGAUUUACGAAUAUCUACCGAUGAACCAGUUCGCAACGAUUUGUCUCGACGUCUAUUUCACCGAAAACUAUUCUGAAAUGGAUUUCAUUAUUGUCAACGCUGGUCUUCAUUCGAUGUUCAAAGACUACAGCACAAUAGUCAUUGGGGACGAAAGGGAACGUUGCGAAAGACAUUCGCUCUUAUGCUGUGCUAAUCUCGAGACAGCGCUUUCCAAUUUGCCGUUGCACAUGCCUGCUGUUCCGAAGGCAAUCAUCGCUCUGCUUUUUGGUGCUUUUCAUGCUAUCGAGCUCUCGAAGCCUUUUUUGGCCUGGACCUUGUCCUCAAAAGCAUCAGAAAUAUGCCAAACAUUGGGAUAUCACCGAGAAUCUUCCCUCAAUAAUGGAAGAAACGAAGAUGACCGUUUGAGGAAAUUUCUCUUCUGGAGCAACUACUUCAUUGACAAAAGCCUAUCGCUCCGCUUAGGUCGGGCAUCAACUAUUCCGGAGUGGACAAUAACCGUCACUAGGCCGUCGAUUAUGGAUUCCCAUCCAGAGCCCGCAUUAGCCUACUUCGUGUUAUGGGUGGAAGCUGCCCGAUGUCAGGGAAAGAUUUACGAAUUACUCUAUAGUCCAGAUUCAGUCAGGCAGCGGGACGAAGAACGUAGAUCACGAGUCCAGAGUCUCAUCUCUGACCUAGAAAACCUGGACAAAGCGACCUCAGAAACAAACAAAAAAUGGAUAAAAACCGCGGCCGAUAGCGCGGGGCAAGACUUGAUGGACUUUUACGCAACAUCGGAUGAGACGUUACGUCUUUCACUACUCACAUUAGUCCAUCGAGCUGCGCCCCAAGAUCUUGGAUCUCCUAUGACAUUCAGUCCUGAUUGCGUCAACGCUGCGCGAGCGACCAUUGAAAAGCAUAAGGAUUGCAUAGCUGUCAUGAAAAGGAGUGGGGAUGCAUACUUCCCAGCCUACUUCCAAUGGACUCUUUUGUUUGCGCCGUUUGUGCCAUUUGUCGUGAUUUUUUGUCACGUUAUUGAAACCGUCGACCAAGCAGACCUUGGUCGCCUUGAUGAAUUCGUUGCGUCUAUUAAAGAUGCUGCUUGUAUUUCAAGUGCUGCGACUCGAGUACAUCGCCUAUUCAAUGCUCUCCAUGGUAUUGCAUUGCGCUACAUUGAAUAUCGAUCUGUCCAAUCUUAUGACAACCAGUCACAGAGCGACCCUGAAGUCGACUGGGUGCUUGCCACUCCGGCGCUUCCACCAAUCUGGGAUGAAGGCGGUAACCAGCAAUUGCAAGAAAGCGGGCCAAAUAUUCUCAGAUGCAAUGCGGCUGUGGACAAUAGACAGUGUGACGCAACAACCUUUGAGGGAAUAAGCAUUGGAGUCGACGAGAAUCGUUCAUUGAUGCGAAUGGGACACCAAAUGGAGUUGGAGUCUUGGUUCUAUAACAGUGAGGCUAUGACAGGUAUAUUGAAGCAAUAUGAGACUAAGUCCACUGAGGAAAGCUAG